AUGUACGUUUCGUACCAGAUAGAAAAAUAUUUGUUGGAUGUCCUGACUUUCUGCCUCCUAAGGAGCCCAAGCUCGCAAACGGAGGAACUGGACGACGAAUACAUCCGCCUAAUAACCGUCCAUGGCCGUGAGUAUCAGCAGUAUUCUAUCGACAACAAGAUUUCAUUUGAGCCGGUAGACGAGGAUGAAGCUGAACGGUUGGAUCUUCAACAUCAAAUUUUCAGCAGAGUCUUUGACAACCGACUUAUCUUCCCUCCAAUCCCGCGGCUGCGAAGAGUGCUGGACUGUGGUUACGGCACUGGGUCGUGGGCCAUCGAUGUCGCGGAACAGAACCCUGACUGCGAGGUAAUUGGGAUUGACAUUUAUCCUUUCAUGAACCCGGACGAUACACCGGAGAACCUCUGGCUCCAGGUAGAUGAUCUAAACCGCCCUUUCACCUUUCCUUCGAAUCACUUUGACCUUGUCCAUUCUCGACUCCUCGCAGCAGGCAUCAAUCGGUCUCGGUGGCCAUCGUAUAUUCGAGACAUCAAAAGAGUCCUCAAGCCCGGGGGAUGGGUGCAACUGGUCGAAAUAUACUUCAACGUCCAAUCAGAUAAUGGCUCCAUAAGCGAAAACCAUGCUCUGAGGCAAUGGAGCUCGCAGCUCAUGAGGUCAAUGGAAGACAAUAAGGAUCUUAGGGUGGGCACCCGCUUGAGAAACCUCCUGAUGGCAGAAGGAUUCACGGAGGUUGAUGCAAAGAUGAUCCCUCUACCUUUAUCCGCGUGGCCAGACAGUAUGAGCCCCGUAGGACCUUUUCUUUUCUGCCGUUUGUCAUUAACUGACAAUACACCUCAGACCCGACAAGCCGAGAUAUAG